AUGCCUUCCUUACAGAAGUUCCAUGCAAACGUGGCUCGCCACGUCAAACUGAUGAACAAAAAUUUGUGUGCUAACCUUAUACGUCAUGAAUAUAUUGUAACAGGAAGAACUAAGGCUAAAAGAGCACAAGCUCAAAUAGAGCUGUUUUUGGCCAAAGCUAUCAGGAUGAAUAAAGAGAUGGCGGGAAAAGAUUCAGAAUACAUACUUGAAAAUAAUAAAGCAUUGAGGUACUUACAGCCCCCUGAUAAAAGGGAAAUUGGCUUAAAGGUGAUCAAUGAAUUAACAACAAGGUAUCCAGAUAGGGAACACGGUUUUACUCGUAUUAUUAAACUCGAGCCUAGGCUUGGAGAAGACAAGGCUCCAAUGUCUGUAUUGGAGCUUGUUGACUCUGAUUUUGAAAUUAAGUAUUGGUACACAGCUAAGAUUGUAGCAAGAUUAGAACUUCAAGGCUUGGAACUAGACGACUUGACAAAGCAUAAUGUGAAAAAGCUAACUAGUUUUCGACCAGAUAGUGAGUCAAAGUUCAGAGAAGCAGUCGAAACUGCGAAAGUAGAAUUCUUCAAGUAUGAUACAGAGAAAGGAGAAGUGACAGACUCUGACAUGAAAACAAACUUGAAGAACCUUCCAGACAACUUAGACUACUUUGGGGGCUCCUUAUCAAACAAACUACUCCAGUCCAAGAAAUUCAAAACAACUUCACGUCCAAAGGGACCAGAGGUGGAAUUACCUAAGUCACCUUUCCUUUCUAAAUAG